AGUUCACUGGGCACUAGAAAUUCAUCCGGGAGAUUUACUCUAAUCAACCAACAUGGCGGCUAUGUUGAGAGGCUGUCGCAUGUUAGAAAGUGUGCCAUUCUUGGCUCGAAGUCUGAGUGUCUCGUCUGCCCGAUGUGCUGAGCUAGCCGCUAAGCCUCCUAUACAAGUGUUUGGUGUAGAAGGCCGCUAUGCACAUGCUUUGUACUCUGCUGCAGCUAAACAAAAGCAUUUGGAGAAGGUUGAGAGUGAAUUACUGAAUGUUGAUGAGCUUAUAAGUACAAAUGAAAAACUCUCUGAAUAUCUUGCAAAUCCAACUUUGGACAAGUACAAGAAACAAUCACUUCUUACUGAUGUGUUGAAAUCACAAAAAUAUACUGAUAUUACAGUGAACCUUUUUGCAAUAUUGGCAGAAAACAACCGCCUUGGUUUAGUCCAUAAUGUAGUUUCUGCAUUUGGCAAACUUAUGAGUGCAGCCAGAGGUGAAGUGUUGUGUUCCAUAACAACUGCCAAGGAAUUGGAUUCUUCUCAAUUGAAAGAGUUGCAAGCAGCAUUGAAAGGUUUUGUACAAAAGAAUGAAACUCUUAAGAUUGAAACUAAGAUCGACCCUUCAGUGAUUGGAGGAAUGGUUGUGGAAAUCGGUGACAAACGCAUAGACAUGUCCAUGGCCACAAAGAUAAAGAACAUCACAAAUUCACUGCGAGAAAGUGUCUAAUAUUUUUGGAGUUGUAAGUUCUGAGAUUUCCCAAGUUGUUCAAUAAAGGUUCGAUUGUUUGAUGACUAAAAAUUAAUUUGAUUGUAAUAAUUUAAUAAGUUGUGGAAUAUCUGCUCUUUGGAUGUAAUGUAGUUGAAUAUAUAUGAAUGUUGAGAAUCUUUUUAACUCUCAAGAUUGCAUUUACCCCCAAGUGUGAUUUUCCUCAUUGGGAAAUAAAUGGAUGAGAAAUUCU